AUUAACGUCUCCUUCUGCAGUGAUGGCUACCCGUUUCCCUCUUCUUCUUUUUUGUCUCCCUGAAAAGAAUUUGCGCAUUGUUCUAGAACAAAUGAGAUUCCUUGAUUUGCUUGCCUUCUCUUUGUGCUCCAAAAUCACCAAGGCUCAUACGACGCAGCUAAAGCGUAACAUCAAAUACAUCGCACUUGAUGCUUCUAGUGGAGUUUCAAUUAGGCUCCAAUUACCAGAUCGAGAACAAAUAAACUUAGAUGUUAAAACAGACAGAUUCGAUAGAUGUAACUUGAACUUUUGGGAAAUUGCCAAUGUGACUUAUAGGCAACCAACAAGAGGCUACCAACAAGCACGCUACGAACAAGAAUUCUGCUGGAAGAAAAAUGGGUUCGGUCUUCGAGAUUGGAUUGAUCACACCAUGGAAAUAUUCAAUUUACCGGUUAUUGACCAAUUUUACUUAAGUGGAACCGUGCUCAGUCUGGCUGAUACAAGGCAGAUAGGCGAAGCUUUAAAUGGAUUAAAAGUGACAAGCAUGGAUUUCUGGUGUUACACGGAAGAUCGAGUUUAUAACAUCAGAAGAAACUUGGAGACUGUUGGCUUAAUUUUCGCACACCCCGACUCAGAGCAUUUCUCCAAACUGUCUACUCAAAAGAUUCUUUCGGAAAACCAGACAAGCGUGCUUCAUCGUUCGCCGGAUUUUGCAUUAAUGGCUGAAAUGAGAUAUUUCGUCGACGAGGCUUCGUAUGCCUGUAUUACUUUGAACGAUCUCUUAGUGAGCAACUGCACCAAACUCAUCAUAACGGAUUCUACAUUAAAAUCGGAAGAAUUGAACAUUUUUCUUAAGCACUGGAUCAAUGGAUCUAUACAGACAUGCGAAUUCUUGAAACUAGAGACGUCUGUCCGAACCCAGUGGAAUAUGGAGACCGUGUUGAAAGGCGUUGCGCAUAAAACCGCAUCAAAAGUGAAGGAUGGUGCACCAGGAGCGAGAGACAUGUUUAUAAUCCCACGGAUCGAUCUGCCAAAUUUAUCCUUGACGUAUAUCCCAUAUGAUGGCAGGUACUCCGUUUUGACAAUUGAUGCUCGCUGCGGUUGAAAUGAUUUUUUUUAAAUGUAAUCCUUUGUUUUUUUUUGUAAUUACUUCUUAAAUCAUUAUUAAAAUUUGAGUUGUCGAAGUUUUCCAUUCUCUUUGAAUUAAUAAAAUACACAACAACUACCCUUCAACAAA